AGCUUCUGUGCGCAAACCAUUAUUGACAUUUGAUUUAGAGUCUAUGUGCAAUUUAGACAAUUUGGUUAUAUUUUAAGUUUAAUUGGAGUUUAGUACAUUCAAUAAUGGUAAAGAGUCUGGGCUAAUUGGUGAUCUAAAGAUCUGCAUUGUUGUUCGGUUUAGUUAUUUCUUCUGCUGGCUUUACUUUUAGGUCUCAGUUAAUCAAUAUUUUGGCAAAAAGUUUUGUUAAUUGAAGUGGGUUCUUCUUAAUUUUGGUUUAUAAAUGGCACUAAAUUUGGGAAAUGGAAGUUACAUGUAAUAUAUUGUGGAGUUUUUCUUGGAUAGUAGUAAAGUUUGGAACUUUGGGCUGGAUAGUUAACUUAUAGAUAGCCCUUGUUGAGAAAACUCGGUUAUCUUUUUUAGUUUAAUUGGAGUUCAGUAAAUUCAAUAAUGUUGGCCCAUUGGUGAUCUGAAGAUCUGCAUAGUUGUUGGGGUUUAGUUGUUUCUAAUUCUGGUAUUACUUCUAGUUUGCAAAUAGUCAAAGUUUUGGUAAAGAGUUUUGUGAAUUAAAGUGGGUUCUUCUAUUUUCGGUUUAUGGUGGCCCUAAAUUUGGGAAAUGAAAGUUACAUGUAAUGUAUUUUGUGGAGUUCCGCUUGGAUAGUAGUAAAGUUUGGAAAUUUUGGCUAGAUAUUAAAUUUAGGGAUAGCCCUUGUUGAGAAGUAUACGGUCUGUUGAAACAUUCCUUAAGGACUGCUGAAGUUAGACAAAAAAAUUAGACAUUCCAUGUCCUCGGAGAGUGCUUUGUCGUGCUAGGAGACUGGCGUGCUAUCCCGGUGAACAAUUUUCCAUGGAAAGCCGUUUUUUGGGUUAUCUUUUUUGGUUUAAUUGGAGUUAUGUAAAUUCAACAGUGUUCGGCUCGUUGGUGAUCUAAAGACCUGCAUUAUUGUUGGGGUUUAGUUGUUUCUAGUGCUGGCUAUACUUUUAGCUUGCGAAUAGUUGAUAUUGUGGUAAAACGUUGGUAAAUUGAAGUGGGUUCUUUUUAAUUUCAGCUUAUGAUUGUCCUAAUAUUUUAAUCUUAAAAAAAAAAAUUGGGAAAUGGAAGUUAGAUGUAAUGUAUUGUGGAGUUCAGCUUGGAUACUAAAGUUUGGAACUUUGGGCUGGAUAGCUAACUUAUAGACAGCCCUUGUUGAGAAAACUCGGUUGUCCUUUUUAGUUUAAUUGGAGUUCAGUAAAUUCAAAAAUGUUCGCCAAUUGGUGAUCUAAAGAUCUGCAUUUUUGUUGGGGUUUAGUUGUUUCUAGUGCUGGCUUUACUUUUAGCUUGCGAAUAGUCGAUAUUGUGGUAAAGAGUUCUGUAAAUUGAAGUGGGUUCUUCUUAAUUUUGGUUUAUGAUGGCCCUAAAUUUGGGAAAUGGAAGUUACAUGUAAUGUAUUGUGGAGUUCAGCUUGGAUAGUAGCAAAGUUUGGAACUUUGGGCUUAGAUUGUUAACUUAUAGAUAGCCUUGUUGAGAAAACUCGGUUAUCUUUUUAGUUUAAUUAGAGUUCAUUAAAUUCAAUGAUGUUUGCUAAUUGGUGAUCUAAAGAUCUGCAUUGUUGUUGGGGUUGAGUUGUUUCUAAUGCUGGUUUUACUUUUAGCUUGCAAUUAAUCAAUAUUUUGGUAAAAAGUAUCGUAAAUUGAAGUGGGUCUUCUUAUUUUCGGUUUAUGAUGGCCCUAAAUUUGGGAAAUGAAAGUUACAUGUAAUGUGUUGGGGAUUUCAGCUUCGAUAGUAGUAAAGUUUUGAACUUUGGGCUAGAUAGUUAAUUUAUAGAUAACACUUGUUGAGAACUGUGUGGCACUGUGGAUAUCUUUUGAAACAUUCCUUAAGGGAUUGCUGAAGUUAUGAGAUUUAGUGUACAUUACUCACCUGAUAUGUGCUGGCCUGCUGGGAAGUUGGUAUAAUAUGUGAAGGAAAUGAGUGACUUUGAUUUGAUUUGUGUUGUGCUGGAGAAUGGGUGUAAUAUAACAGAAAUGAGUGGCUUUGAUUUGAUUUGAUUUGUUUUAGUUGUAAUGAUAUAAUGUAUGUGUUCCAGUACUAAUUGAAAAGAUGGUAUUUUGAAACCUUUGGUCACGAUAUUGGUGCAAGUUGGUAAAACCAAAGCUAGUAUAGCAUGGGUGUCUCAAGCAAAUGGAUUAGAGCACUGGUUGGUUUAAAGAAACCAGAAAAGUCUCAUUCUUCAGAAAAAGAUGAAAAUAAAUCAGGAGGGACUGGAAAGUUUUGGCACCGGAGAAAACACUCUGUUGAUAUCGAUUCCAACCAACUUCAAAAGGAGCUAACUUAUAAUGAUGGCAUUGCUGGAUCAGGUGAAGAAAUCAGCAGCACAUCAGUUCCAGUUGCUUCCAGUUCCCCUUCAAGUUCACAUCAAGUGCACCAUGCCCCUCAAGUUAAGCAGAAUAUGAGAGAAGAGUUGGCAGCUAUACGCAUCCAAACAGCUUUCAGAGGAUUUCUGGCAAGGCGAGCUCUUCGGGCUCUAAAAGGAUUGGUGAGACUACAAGCCCUUGUCAGGGGUCAUGCAGUGAGAAAACAAGCUGCGAUUACCCUCCGUUGUAUGCAAGCUUUAGUGAGAGUUCAGGCACGCGUCCGAGCAAGGCGUGUUCGCAUGUCACUGGAAAGUCAAACCGAACAGCAGAAACUUCAACAACAACUAGAAGAUGAGGCUCGCGUACGAGAGAUCGAAGAGGGCUGGUGUGACAGUAUUGGAUCUGUUGAGCAAAUUCAGGAAAAGUUGCUAAAGAGACAAGAGGCAGCUGCUAAGCGUGAAAGAGCAAUGGCCUAUGCUUUAGCUCACCAGUGGCAGGCAGGAUCUAGGCAACAGGCUACACUUUCUGGAUUUGAACCAGAUAAAAGCAACUGGGGUUGGAACUGGUUAGAGAGAUGGAUGGCAGUACGCCCAUGGGAAAAUCGUUUUCUAGACGUUAAUGUCAGAGAUGGAGUCAUGCCUAAUGAAAAUGAAUCAGCUGAACCCGUGAACGGGAUAAAGAACCAGGUAAAAGUUGCUGGAAAGAAACUAGCAACUGCAAAUCUUACAAAUGAUCGAGCGGGUCCAUCUCAUUCAAGCAGCAACUCAAAAUCAAAUGAAAAGGCAGCUGCAUCUCCCUCUGAUGGCUGCAGUACUUCCCCAAAUGUGUCAGCAAACACACAAGAAACACCUGCAGCAUUGGUUAACAAAUCAAAGUCUAAACCAAAUCGUGAAGAUUUGGUUGAGGAGGCUAGUUCAAGACCAGCCCUUGGUUCUUCUAGAUCACACAGCAAUCCUAAGGAGAGAUCCACUCCCUCUGAUAAACAAGGAAAAAAGAGAUUGUCUCUGCCAGGGAGUGGUCUUGCACCUCAAACAACCAGACAAGCCGGUAGAACUGUUAAAAGGACACCUAGUGCACAAAAGCCUUUGAAGGAGAAAUCCAAAUUAAACGGAACUGAUACCAAGUCUACAGAACCUGUUUCAAAACAGGCUGCUGAUUAGUUUUUAGGUACUCGUGGAAGAUCCUGAUCUCCGAUCCAAAGUGUCGCCCUUGCUUGUAAAUACAGGGCACCUUCUUAAAGGAGAUGGAAUGUUCUUCUAGAGAUGUGUCCGUGGCAGAGCUAAAAGAGACGGGCUUGCUUGCUAUCUCCUGAAUAAUGUAUUGGCAUUGGUUUCAAUUCUUGUCAUAAUCAUUGUUGUAAUUUAUGUAAUAGUGGAAUUUACUUGCCGUUGCUGAUUCGUCGAGGUUCUAGUAAAGGAGGUCAGUUGUAUGUGUUGUUUUUUUCUCUACCCCUCCCUCCUGUAAAAAAGGGUGAAUUUGCUUUCGGUGCAACCUUGCUUGCACUGAGAUGGGGGAAUUUAGUGAGUUUGAUUUGGCCAUCUCUUGUGAGUACAAUACCUUUGUUGAAUUGUACACGAUCUGGAUGUAGUAAUUCAUUCAUUAAUCUUAAGAUUGUAGAUCAGAUUGUGCCCUUCA